AUGGCGGCCCAGGCCGCCUCGAGUAUGAGUGAAAUCUCCUCAUCUGCAAACGGUUCUGAUGCAACCAAGCGGCCUGGAACACCGCAGAUAACACCAUCAGAGCUCAGUCGUCCAGCUAAUUUACAAAGAAUUGCCCAGAGGAAAGCGCAAAUAAAGACUUAUCCGAUCAGAAAAAAGCUAGAGAAACUGGGUGUAUAUUCCUCAUGUAAAGUAAGUAUGUCGGAAAGGAAGAAAUCACAUUAGCUUUUUAUACCUUUAAUUGUUUAAUAUUUUUUGUGAAAGGGUUUUCAUAAUUAUUUAUCCGUACUGGAUCCUCGAAUUUUUAGGAAAUCGCUGUCCAAAUACGGCCUCAUUGUUGGUCGAUCGAGUGUUGUUAUUGUUACUUGAAAGAUGCACUGUGAUUGGUCCAAAACGUAGUGUACUUUGUAAGAUAUUCUUAAGUUCUUCUCGUGGCCAAUCUGCCAAAAGUUCUAAAUGAAGAAGUGCUCAAAACAUAUUUCACUAUGAUCUUGGUGUUCUAUGGGUGAGGAAUAGGUGAUCAAGGUUCUUUUUCUUUGUAAUUUACCAUUUAUAUCUUAACCCAGAAGUGAUUGACAUGAAACUUCAGCCUUUGAAAUUCAUACAUUAUCCAGCAAACGGGUAACAAGAAAACUCAAAUUUAUCAGCUAGAAGUUAUUAUCUUGAUCUAAUAUCAACUUCUUGUAACUGAUUUACAAGGAAAUGUGCAACAGCUAGUAAGGAGAAUUAACAAUCAGAUCUUGGGAGUUCAAGGGUUGAAAUAUUUUAUAUCCAACCCAAGAGGUGUUUCAAGCAUCUUGCCAUUGAAGAAUUUUAAGUUCUAAAUUCUACUGAACACCUGAAGACCCUUCAACCUUUAAAAUGUCAUUUGUCAACAUUUUGUUGUAACUUAGCAUAGAGAAUUUAUUGAUUAUCAAGAUUUUAUCAAUUUAUUUACCUAAUUACCGGAUGUUCUAUUAUUUGACUGGGAAGACAUUUCUUGUUAAUCAUCUUGGAAAGGUAGAGAGUGAAUCAAAUGUAAAAUUAGCAGUUAGCUUAAUAUUUACUUUCCGACAUUAUUUUCAGGCUGAAGAUUCUUGUAAAUGUAAUGGAUGGAAGAAUCCUAACCCGCCACCGACACCCACCAGAGUGGAUCUUUCUCAACCUCUCGCAAACCAAACAGACCCAUGUCGUAGCUGUGGCCACACCUUAGGAGCACACAUCUCUCAUUUACAUGACAUUCCAGAAGAUGAACUUAACCGACUUCUCUGCAUGGUCAUUGAUGUUGAGAACUUAUUUAUGUGCGUACAUAAGGAGGAAGAUGCUGAUACCAAACAAGUUUACUUUUACCUAUUUAAAAUUCUGAGAAAGGGAAUUCUGCAGAUGUCGAAUGUAACAGUGGAAGGUCCUCUUGGUACACCUCCAUUUGAGAAGCCAAGCAUUGGCAAGGUACUUCUUUUUUAUUAGAGAGUUUAACCCUUUAACUCCCGUCAGUGACCAAGACAGAAUUUCUCCUUACUAUAUCUAUACAAUAUCAUGCAGACAAGUGAUUAGAAUGAAGAAAAAUAUCAAUUAUGGGAUGCUUAUUGAUCCAAUACCAAAUUCUCCAAACUAACAUUAUAAGAAUCAUUUGGCAGACAGUAAGGAGAAUUACUUCUGAGAUCUUGGGAAUUAAAGGGUUAAGAAAACCAUGACGGUAAUAAGAAUGUCACUAGACAAAAGGUUAAAUGUGCAGAACAAUGGCUGUGCAUGUGUAUUUACUUACAAAUUUUUGUAAAUUUCUUGGCAUCCUCUUCAAAACAACAGCGUGAAAUGACCCAAUUUUGUGUUGUCAGGAGAACAUUAAUGAUGCAGUCAAUAUUUUAAAUUUCUAUUUUUAAUUGAACACUGAGGUCCAUAUUCAGUUUUGAAAUAGUUUUGACAGUGAAAAAAAAAACUAAUAAAAUGACUUUAGAGUAUUGAAAGAUUCAUAGGUAAAAUAUAAGUUCAUUUUUUAACAGACAUUGUCCAUGGCAUUGCCUCUGUCAUUUCUUAAACUCCCUGUUUGCUCUCUUAAAGUCAUGAUAUUAUGAAGAAAAAGGAAGUUUUGUUCCUCAGUCUAUCUCUUUGUCCUCACAUUGCUAAAACUGGCUAGUGUCUGUUCAGUUGUAGCUCACAAAAGGUAUUGAAAUAAAGAAAAACUAUGAAAAAACAUGUCCUGCACCUCGUCAGUAAUGUAAAAAUGAACAGUUAAGAGUUUUUCCCUUUUUAUUGCAUCAAUUGUCUUAACCUGAGACAGAAGAAGACAAUAGAUAGCAAACUGGUGUGAAGAAUUUGUGUGUUUGAUGUUCAUUUAAAUCUACAGGCUGUCCUUAACUUUGUGCUAUACAAGUUUGGUCACCUUCCACAAAGGGAGUGGCAGAUAAUGCAUGAUCUAGCUAAGAUGUUUUUACAUUGCUUAAAUCACUGGAAGCUUGAGACACCGACUGUAAAGAAACAGCACUCCCAGGGUGAAGAACUUGCAGCAUAUAAAGCCAAUUACACAAGGUGGGUACACGGGAAACUCAAUAAUUGCUAUCUCAUAACUGUUUUUCUGUAAAUAUUUUAGCACUUGGAACAAGACACAAAGUACAUUAUUUCAAUGGGUCAUUAUUUAGACUUAAACGUAACAAUAUAACAAGAAAUUUAUAUUUCCAAGAAGAUAAAAAAAGGACCAUUUGCUAAAAUUUCAAAGCAAGAAUGUAUCACAUUGUGGCAUACAAAGUUGCACAGGUUGUAUGAUUUUUCAUUGCUUUAAUGGGUAUUUAAACUUUUCAAGUUUUUAGAGAGAGCAAAGGGUGAUAGAAUUUUAUGAUAUAAUUUUUGACUAUGGUUCAUCAAAAGUCUGCUUUAGGAAGAAAAAUAAUUCUAAAAGUAUGAAAUUUUACAACUGUUGGCUGAUUCUCCGGCAAUGUUUAUGGUCAGUGGGUCUUAAGUAACCACAAAAUUAAGUAUAAGUAAGAUUGUAAGAAGAUGAUGAGUGUUAAAGAAAUGAAUGGUUUAGUGAUUGAUAAUUGCUUGAGUGGGUAAAUGUGUGUUGCUUUUACUAACAGUCUCUUGCAGUUUUUCUACUUCUCAUUGAAUUGAAAGGAAUUGUACAUGCCAUGCUCCAAGAUUAAAAGUGAACAAUUUGAUAUAAAAAGCUCAAGAAAUCUGUACAAUUAACGUAUAUCCCCAGAUGGCUAUGCUACUGCCAAGUUCCUGUGUUCUGUGACAGUUUAAAGAAAUAUGAUCCCACUGCUGUGUUUGGAAGGACACUAUUAAGAUCAGUGUUCUCAGUCAUGAGAAGACAGCUCUUGGAGAAAUUCAGAGCAGAAAAAGAGAAAAUGCCGCCUGAUAAGAGAACUAUUGUCUUGACUCACUUCCCAAGGUAUUAGACAUUUAAUGGUGGAAGUUGUAGACACUCAGUGUGGAUUAUCUUCAACUUAAGCUGUUGACCCUUGAACACUAAAAAUCUGGCUUAAAGUAUGAAGUUCUCCCUUCCGGUUAAGAUACAAUUUCCUGUUAAUUAUAACCCUUUAACUCCUAAAAGUUACAAAAAUCUGAUUUCUCCAUGCAUUGUCCAACUGAAUCAAACUUUUAGGUCAUGAGGGUGAAAGAAAUUAUUGGCAGCUAAAGAAGCUCUUGAUUUUGAAGUGAAUUCUCCAUGUUUUUUACAAUAGGAUUUGUUCACAGAACAAUCUGGAGAAUAUGUACACUAAUGCUAGGGCUUCAGUGGUUAAUUAGAUUAUUUUGUUUCACAUCAAAAUGUUACUUUCCUGCUGAUACAUUUUUUUGUUUUCAUAACCUUUUUGCAGGAUAAUCUUUUGAUAUUAUAGGAUAAAUUUACAUAUAAAUCACUUUUUAGAGCUAAUGGUUAAGGAAUACUAAAAUAAUUAAUAACUGAAGGUCAAGGCUGGCCUUAGUUGUGUUGAAGCCUUGAGCUGUAACUUGGCCUCUGACUUAAGUGCACAAUUGUUCACUCUUUCACUCUCUUGAGUGACCAAGACAGAAUUUCUCCUUACAAUAUCAAUACAGUACCAAGCAGGCAAGUGAUGAGAAUAAAGAAAGAUAAUUAUCAAUUGGGGGAUUAUUAGUUGAUCCAAUACCAAAUUGUCAGAACUUGCAUCAUGAAAAUUGUAUGGCUGACAGUAAGGAAAAUUACAAAUAAGAUCUUGGAAGUGAAAGAAUUUAUGAUUUUUACUCAUUAUUUUCAUCUUUGCAAAUUUUAUAUCCUUCAGAUUUCUGUCAAUGUUAGAAGAAGAAGUGUAUGGUGAGAACUCUCCUGUAUGGGAUGAUGACUUCACUGUUCCUCAGUCGCUGUCUCUAGGUCCAUCAAGACUUGUUUCUCCUUUGACUCCAUUAACAGAUAAAGGGGAUUCCUUGGUAGCUACAGCUAGGUAUGUUAUUUUGUUCUAUUAAAAUAAUUUCUCCUUAAUAGACUUUAAGCAAUGGGGGCUGACAGGAGUUUAAACAUGAGUUGCUGUAACACUGUCUUGAGGACUAAUCCCACUUCACCUUUGUACUGUGUUAAACCAACAGUUACUGUGUAUUGUUCCCCUUUCUAAAUGGGACAAUCAAGGCUCUUGUUGGCAUUUUAUUCCCUAGAAUAAAGGACAAACACCCUAACAAAAUCCUGUGCUGUGCAAAAUGAUGACUUUGCUGGCCUCUCAUCAGUAUACCCUGUACUGCCCCUUGUAUGAAGUGCCCCAGUGUAUAAACCAUGAGGCCCUGUAUCUUCCAGCUUUGUCAAUGUAACUUCAAAGCUGUCAAAUUUGUGUUAUUACAGAAUAUAGUAAUAUUAUGUUAAUUAAGAAGAUGACUGACAAUUAUUAUAUUUUUUGUAUCUUUUCUUCUUGUAGCGCUGCAGUUGGCUCAAGUUUAUCUUCAAUGUCAUCCAUGCUUCAACUGUCCAGUUCUACCUCACCAACAGAAGGUACAGUUAUGUAUGCAGAUGAUGAUUGGUGACAAUGAUCCUUGCCUAAGCCAAUCUAUAGCACUAUAGAAUGAUGUUUCAUUGUAUUCAUGGACCCACCAGAACAGAAAUCACUUCUUUAGCCACCUGGCCCUGGUUGUUCGAGGGUCAGAUAAUGCUAUCCAUUGGAUAAAUCUCUAUACAUUGGAUAUCUCAGUACGUUCUGUUACCUCUUAUCUGCUGGAAGCAAUUUAUCCUUUGUAUAGCAUUAUCCACCCUUUAAACAUCUGGGCCCUAUCUUUUAGGUAAUUUGAUGCAGAGGAAAGCACUUAAAGCUACAAUCAUAAAUCUAACCUUACUUAUUAAAAGAAAAUGUUCCCACCUUGUGGGAAGAGGUGGUGACUAAUGGUUAGACUACUGGACUAUGGUUUGAGAUGUUAGGAUUGGAGACCUGGCCAGGUCAAUGUUUUGUUCUUGGGUUAAAACAUUUUUCUUUCACAGCACCUCUCUCCAUCCAAGAGUAGAAAUGGUUACUAGUGAAUAAUCAGGGAAGCCUGAUGAAAUGCUGGGGGGUAACCUUGUGAUGGACUGGCAUCCCAUCCAGGGGGGUGAGGGCAAAUAGUAAUAAUCCUAGUCACUUUAUGCUAAGGAAACCGGGAUAAGCUCUGACUGGGUGAGUCACCUGGGUGGAGUACAGACUUUGCCUUUUUUCUUCUCUUUCCAUCUUGUACAUGUACCAUCUGCAGCAUAUGCAGAUUGUUAAGUGUGCUGAUAACCUAAGGAAGCUUUGUAUGCAUUAAUAUCCAGUUGUUUUUUUCCAUGACAGACUUGACUGGGGAGAAGAGGAGUUCUGAGGACGAUGGAACUGCUGAUAAUAGUAUCAAGAGACAAAAGUUGGCAGGUAGUCAAAAUAAUUACAGGAGGGUUAAGACCAACGACCAAUUGUCUGCCCACAGCCCCAAGCUCAGCUUGGUAACGUUGAAUCUUACAAUGGUCGCCAGGGACACACACACACACCCUGUUUAAUAUUCUGUGAUAACCACACGGUGACACCCCUUGAAUUCAAAACAAACAGCAGUUUAGAAAGGCAGUUUGUUGCUCCAACUUAUCUGUGGCUUUAACUUCAAAUUCUCUUCUACUGUUUCCUUUAAUGCCUCGUGAAUAUGUUUUAUUUCACCAUUUACAAUAUUUUAGUCGACCUGAUCUUGCAGACGGAGCGUAAGAUGACUGUUUUUUUUCUUAACCUAGUAAACUUCAUGUGCUACGCUCACCUACUUGCUUUGCAAUGUCAAACUUCCUGGAAGAAAUCUUCAUGCAUUGUAUUUACCUUUAAUUAUCCCAGGAGAUGUGCCUGUUGAAGUAUUAACUCAGAUUGUUGCGACAAUAUCAGAUCCUUCUGCCAUGCUAGGCCCUGAGGUAAAUAAAACAUACAGUGAAACAUCGCAUUUUAUUGUUUGUGUGUUAAGAUAUAGAAUACGAAAAGGGAUACAGCUCAACCAUAUCUUUGUUUAUGAAUUUCAAUGUUUUCGUUGAAUUUAAGUGCGUUAUAUUUACCACGUAAUAAUAAAGUUAUAAUGAGCAACAAAUUUAGUGGACGAGCGGGCAAACAAACAACCAAAAUAAAACAAAGAAAGAAUUAAAGACAUAGAUGUAAUUAAUUACUCUAAUUGAUAAUGACAGUAGGACUGAAUGGAGUCCAAUUCAGUCUGUAAUUAUACGAGUGAUUAACAAAAUCGGACAAUCGCAAAGCGGGGGUCCGUUUUUGCGGAGGUCUGAUUUGUUCGACAUACCGAAUUAGACGACCCGAAGUCCUGUUACCAAUUAAUCAAAACUGUGACAAAAUUCGAGAGAGAAACCAGACAGAAACUAUACGCUUUUAUAAAAAACAACAGUUAACUUGGUGAAAUGCUCGACAACAGUGAGCGCACAUGACGCGUUCUGUCUACUAACACAGGCAUGUUGUGUCGAUUGUCCUAUGACGCUGUUCAAUCACAAGCAUGACGCCUACACCGUCCUAUUAGUGCUCGAAUCGGGCCGGUGAUAACCAAUCACGUUCUAGAAUUUUGUUAUUGUUUUGAUUAAUUUUGUAGUCGCACCAGGCAAAUAUAAGUAUUUAUGAAGAUAUACAAGUGUUAUUCUAAUUUUCAAGUUGAAGACACAGGAAGAAUCUAUCUGAAAUUUUUGAUAAAGGAAACCCGAUAAAUAGUCAUGAUAAAGAAUAAAUGAUUUAUAAAAAUAAGUAAAUGAUAAAACUGCAUUGUUUUGGUCAGCUUAACUCCCUCCCCCCCUCCCCUCCCCUCUCCUCCCCUCCCCUCCCCUCUCCUCCCCUCCCUCCUUCCCCCUUCCCCUCCCCCCUUCUUUUUUCCUCAAUAAAGUUCAAUAAUUGUAACCCUUCUACUCCCAGAAGUGAUUAACAUGUAACUUCUCCUUAUAGUAGAAGGUGUUAUCUUGAUCUAAGACCAAAUUCUUGUAACUAAAAUAUAAGGAAAUGUGCAGCAGCUAGAGGGGAGAAUUAACAAUCAUAUCGUUGGAGUUAAAGGGUUUAAAUAACCGUUUUGUUUUGUUCAGGGGGGCCUUUAUCCUGGUACCCAUAGCGCACGUGAUGAGGCAGCCCGCUGCGAGGAGAGAAGAGGAGUCAUCGAAUUUCACGUCGUCGGAAACUCAUUUACCAGACAGCCCUCAAGGCAGACACUACUUUGGCUGGUUGGAUUACAAAACGUGUUCUCUUAUCAGUUGCCAAGGAUGCCCAAAGAAUACAUCUCUAGACUUGUGUUUGACCCGUGAGUGUAAAUUAGACUUGAAAUUAUAAUGAUAACUGUCUCCAACUGACAAUCAGGGACAAAACUGCUGUGGUAAACGAGCUUGAGUUCUCUUAUUUUCAACCUACGCUAAUAUAUCCUACUCCUACUUCCCUUUAUUACCUCUUGCGAUUUGGUUUUUUUUUUCCUCGGAGAACAUAUCUUGGUUCUUUAGCUGAAAAAAGUUGAAGCAAUACUGACAAGGGAGGGGAAAGAAAGGUGCUUUUUUCAUGCCAGGUUGUAUUUUGAGAGGUGGAGUUAUCAUUUGCAUGUGGACAAAUUUUCUUUACGUGGUGUUUUACAUGAUCGAAGAUUUUUUAGACCUCCUAAGCUUUUAUGUUUUGUUUACCCAUAUCUAUUCCUUUCAAAUUUUCUCUUAUUCACGUGCACAUGUACAUAAAAAUUAAUAAAAGAUAAAGCUGGGAAUCCCUUGCCACCGGCGACAGCUAUAGCAUCCAGGUUUUCAGGGCAGGAAGUGACUUUGAGUUUUGCUUUUCUACCUUAUUACCAGAAUGUUAGUCCAUCCCAAUUUAACCCUUUUUUUUUUUUUCCUCCCUUCCUCCCACUGACUCCUUCCCCCUACCUGGCUUGGGGUUAUUUUUUAAACUGUCCUGUACAAUACCCCAAAAUUGUUCCACUCAGAUUCAGUAAUUUUCGUCUCUAUUUCAUGCUUUAUCACUAUAAAGUUAAAAAGGCGCUCACGGUCAUUUCACUGUUUUUUUUAGGAAACACAAGACUUUAGCUCUGGUAAAGGACAACAAACCCAUCGGUGGAAUUUGCUUUCGGAUGUUCCCCACUCAGAAUUUCACAGAAAUCGUGUUCUGUGCCGUCACUUCGAAUGAGCAAGUCAAGGUAUUCGAAUUUUUUUUGCAGCUGGUAAUGUAAUGCCAUUUUCUUCUUUUGUUAAUUAAAGAAUAAGAAUUAGUGAAUAGUAUAAAUUAUAUGCGAUAUUAUUUUUUAUGUGAAGAAAGAACAAUUGUUGUUAAAUGUGUACCAAAACAGCGUCAAAUAGAUGAACAGAGAUGAUAGGUCCAGUAGUUCCAUGCACACAGUUCACACUGAUAUUGUUGGAGUAGUUUUUGAUCUGAUGUGGAAACUAAACCAGGAGUGGGUAAUUCAGUUUAUCAACUGAGUUGAUAACGUAAAUUGGCCACCGUAAAGAUUUUAAAAGCUGACGUUUCGAGCUUUCAGCACUUCAUCAGAGUGAAUACAGUUGAUCGACAUGACGAGUCACUAACCUACUGCAUUCGCUCUGACGAAGGGCUAUAGCUUGAAAAGUCAGCUUUUAAACUCUCUACGGUGGCCAAUUUACUUUAUCAACUCAAUUGAUAAUCCUAAAUUACCCUGUUACACUCUCCCAUCGACGCAGCACCAAAGUUUCUUUAGAAACUUACCCCCUUUAUUCAUUUAUCCAGGAUUACUUUGGUUCUGCUUUACCCUGUAGUUUUUCUCAAAAAAUGGCAUCACCUGGUUAGCUAAUAAGGUGCAUUAUUAACCUCAGGUCUCGACUUGGUCGCUAGCGCAUUUUGCGCUUCAGAUAGCUUUCCAUUUAAACUUUGAUUUCAUAUUAGUUCCUGGAGACAAUGUUUUCUUAUCUGAUUGGUCGCCAGGAUUGCUUUGAUUUUGCUUUUUCAUCGCGUAAUCGAGAAUUGCCCCAGCAGCGUUAUCCCAACGAUGUGUUUAUCUUAAGCCAACAGCAGAAGAACUAUUGUUCUGUCGACUUAGGAAAGACUUCUCUGAUUAUUUUUUAGGGCUAUGGAACGCAUCUAAUGAACCACCUCAAGGAUUAUCACGUCAAACAUUCUGUUCUGAAUUUUCUCACUUACGCCGACGAGUACGCGAUAGGUUACUUCAAAAAACAGGUAACUCGUGAGGACUGCGUAUUGCAGAUUUUGCGUAAAGGGAUCAGGUGUACUGUCAAUUUUAAUGGAUCCUCUGGGUAUAGUGAAGGUGAAAUCUUCGUCAGAAAAUUUCAUUCUUGAGGUUGAAAACGUUCCGUGCUCUAAAACAAACGGCACGCUCUAAGCGUCAGGUAUUUGCAGUGGGUCUGUGCGACAAAUGGCCACCUUUUUAUAAAAGGUAGAGUCAUUACUUGAGUCAAGUGCCCACAUGUUUGAACCUUGCCCAAGUUUCCUUUGUGUGAAGCGACUAGGUGUAUAUCUCUUCCCCCAGAGUGGUAUUCACGGCCAAUGCUGAAUACCUCCUGCAAUAUUUCUUCAGGCUUCCCCGACAAUCCACCAUCACCCAUUCAUACUGAUAGUUGGAGAGGUCACUGUGAGAGUUUGGUAUCUACCCAAGCACUAUAUUAAGUGAUCCAUCCAGUUCUCGAACGCGAAUGGAAUCACACGUCUUGGAGUCCGACGCACUAACUGCUAGGCCAGUGUAUGUCCCUCAGGAGCCAAGAAGUCUGUGUGACCAACCGCCAUUAAUGCACUGCUUCCGAAACAAGUUUAAAUAAUUCAUUUUUUCCCUCUCCUCCUGUUAAUGUGGGAGUAUAAUAAAAUGUCAUUCAAAAGCGGAUUGUCGCUCGCUCACUGUGUGUCAGUCUCUGGUCAGGUGCAAAUCAGUUUUUCUCUUCUAUUUCUUUUACUACAUGUCUUAAAAUAUUAAAUAUAUUCCUAAGUUUCCUUCCCUCCCCUCCUGUGUAGUGUCACGCGCGUGGUUGAGGUUUUUCUUCUCUCUUAAACUGCUUUCUACUCGUUUUUUUUUCCAGGGGUUUAGUAAGGAUAUUAGAAUGCAGAAGUCAUCCUACAUUGGUUAUAUUAAAGACUACGAAGGUGCCACGUUAAUGCAUGUGAGUACAUCCGUACGAAAUCCCUUUAAUUAUUAAUUCUUAAAUUUUUUUUUCAUUUUUCAUUUUUUGUUUAUUCAAUUUUUUAUAUCAAGUUCACUUUCAUGGAGCGGUCCUCAUUUAUCGCUGGGGGUUGGGGUGGGGGUAAAAGAGAGGGAUUGGAGGAUUUUGGAGAAAUUUACCUGAUCCUCCCAUAAGGCUCUGUGGUAUUCUUCUAGUACUCCCCUCCCCCCUUAUGCUGAUCCCCCUCCGUUUCCCCGGAAAACCUUGUGAUCUCCCCCAAAUCCUCCGUUUCCCCCCGCCCCCGGCGAUAAAUAACUGACUGGUCCUUAUAUAUUCCAGCUUCUUACAGCUGUGUUGUUGAGGAUCUUGCAGAUCUUCACACAACGGCCCGUUUGAAUCACUGUAACUGUUGUGUUGAUAUUUUCUUUGACAGUGCGCUAUCAAUUCGCGAAUCCAGUACACUGAAUUCUCCACGAUCAUCAGAAAACAAAAAGAGGUGAGUACUUUUCAUCUGAUGUUGAACAUUUGUACAAUCGCCGGUGAUCCUUCGUUAGCACUUUAAUUCCCAAGAUCUGAUUGUUGAUUCUCCCCUCUAGCUAAAAAAAAUUCACUUGUAACUUUAGUUACCUUAGAAUUUGGUGUUAGAUCAAGAGAAAAACUUCUACCUUAUAAGUUUGAGUAUUCUCAUUACCUGUUUGGUGGGUAAUGUAUGGAUAUUAUAGGGAGAAGUUAAAUAUUAAUCACUUACGAGACUUAAAGGGUUAAUAGACUAAGUAUGCAGGCAUGCCUUCAUUAUUAGCGCGUUUCCUCGCCCGCUGGGAGCUUUGAGGCGAGUCGGGAAGAAGUUUGUUUGGGGUCUGGCACUAAUGAUGACAUCACAUUGUGGUGGUAUGAGGCUCUUCAGAAAUGUUAUCAAAACAUCGUUCGUUACUCGACGGCCAUGGUCUCACAGGACCUUUUCAAAGGUGUUGAUCAUAGCAGUAUGCAUGACACUUCGACUGUAACUGAUUAUGUCGAGCCUGAGAGUAAAUUUCUUGCAUCUGACCGCAAAAAUCGGAACGUUUAAGGAUCGAAAACUCUUUUUUGUAAUAAAUAAAUGUUACGUCGUUACAGAUCGUGAAACAACUGAUGGAGAAGAAACAAACUGAAAUCCGUAAAGUGUACCCGGGGCUCAAAUGUUUUCAAGAAGGAGUAAGACAAAUCCCCGUAGAGAGUAUACCAGGAAUCCGUAAGUAAACUUUAAUCAUUCUUAAGAAACAGUUAGUUAUCGUCAGGGGAAGGGGGGAUAGAGCGGGGUCAGUCGUGGCCAACAGAGUUAAAGGGGGCCUAUAUUUGAUCGUGACACAACUAAAAUCCUUCAAAGCCCCUCCCCCUCCCUCCCCUCUCUCCGGCGAUAAUUCAUUAUUGGUCCCUUGGGUUGAUAAAUGUACUAAAACCAACUUAGAAAGCAGCAGGUUUUCAGCGUCGGAGGAGGUAAUUUGCGUUGUUAUAUUUACCAAUCUCACACCUACAGCCUUCAGCAACGGUUAGGGAGAAACUUAGGAACCUGGGAAGUUCUAAUUUCUUGCAUUUGAAAACAAAAAUAUCUACCAGUACUUCUUUUUGAAUUUGAAGCUUGACUCGUGUUUUAACGAACGGUCCUUCAUUUGUUCUCGAUGCGCGCUGAAAAGACCGGUACACAUUUUUACAGCGACGGUGUCUAGCACUGACAUUGGUUAAAAGUGGGUAUGUAGACGGUUGAAGACAGCGCUUAAGCGUAGGGCAUGCGCAGAAAUUGAAAUGCUGAUAGAAGGAAACAGAAGCUGGGAAAAGAAAAUUUAAGACUUUUCGAACACAAACUUUAUUUUCGUACCGUUAUUUUGUUGAUUUCCAAAUUUUUUUCUAGCUUUAUCAGAAAAGUGUUACGCUUUUGAAACUGACUUGUGUGAUUUUUUAAAUCCUCAGAGGUAAUUUGGUCCAGAUGGUCUGAAAUCAAAAUCAUUAUAAAUCAUAAAUAGAAAUCAAAAUAUAAAAUAUAAAUAUAAAUCAUUAUAAGGGGCUGCAAUAAAGCUGUUACUUGCGCAAGCAUCUGACUGAUGUGUUCUACAUUCAUGCGUUGACGGGAACGAUGAGUGACAAUACGUAAUAGCCAGUGAUCGUUAACCUAUAACUCUCUUACAUUACUUCUGCUCUCACUUACACAGGUGAAACGGGAUGGAAGCCAUCCUUAACGAAGAGGUAGGUUUAUUACCAUGUAAAGGCCUUUCCACUAAAAUUGUGCUCUGGGAAAUCGUCCAUAUAUGCAUGCUAUUAGCGAUCGUCUGGCUGGCUUUGGUGUUCAACGACUACUUUCAUGCCUGUAUACCUAUUUAAAACCAAUUUCUAUCUGUUGAUGUUAGAACGGUUUUGGAUUGAGUGUCAUACAGCUAACCCUUUAACUCCCAAGAUCUUAUUAAUAAUUCUCCUUACUGCCUGCCAAAUUAUUCUCAUUAUGUUAGUUUGAAGAAUUUUGUAUCGCAUCAAUUAGUAAUCCCAUAAUUGAUAUUUUUUUCUAAUUCUCGUCACUCGUCUGGUUGAUAUUGUAUUGAUAUUGUAAGGAGAAAUUCUCUCUUGGUCACUCAUGGGAGUUAAAGGGCUAAAAGCAAAGUAAAUCACAACGGCCAAUUAGAGGAAAGAAAAUAUCUUUAAGAGCAACUGAGAAUUCAAAGUAAAAUCAAGCAAACUGCCUAAAGCGCGAGAGAACGCGUGAGAGAACGCGCGUGACCAAGUCGUGAUUGCUUGUAGUUUUGCGUAUAAUUUGUUGCGAGAGUGGUGCAAGUCUUCUGGACCAAUCACAGAGCGAUGUAAAGCAAAAAUAACGACAGUUGAAGUUGCUUUAUAUUCGCUUCUAAGUUUUGGUAUUUUUUAGUGUAGUUUUGCGUGGGGUAUGGUGGUGAAGUGCUUCCCCUUACUUGCUUAUUUGCUUUCCCCCUCCCCCCCUCCCCCAAUCCCCACAAAAUGGUACAGCUGGUACAUGUACUUUGAUGUUGCCAGCGAGCAUCUUUGAAAACUGUUUUAGAAGCCCUUUGUAUAUAAUUUUGAUCAAUUAAGUUCCGUUUCGUUGCUUUUCGCUCUGACACUCUAUAUAAAAAAACAUGUUAAAAAUGUUUUUACUUUGCCAUGUAUUCACAUCCCAGCGAAAGGUUUUUCACGAUAAUUGUCAAUAAUGUCAAUUUGUUGGAGAGGUUCCGAAUCAGUUAAUGGCUAUUACUUAGACUGGAUGCAAAUUGAGCAGGUGGUUAUUACCGCAAAAUGUUGUCUUGAAGUUGAGUUUUCUUGUGCUAUUAAUUACUUCAAACAUUGUUUUACGCCAAAUCAAGCAAGUAUUUGUCUGAAAGAGAAAACGUCCCUAGUAAAAGUGCGGUACGGUGCAUUUAUUUUUGACUAGCCGAUCAAUGUGUGGACCUAAUUGAAACCAAACUGCCUUCAAAUAAUAAUUCUGGCAAAAUGUUCUUUAAUAAAAGAGAGAUGAUUUUUGCGUUUAGUUAGAAAUUUCUAGGAAAACCUUUCUUAUUGUUUAUGAAAGCUGUCGAUCAAAACCGUGACGCUAUAUUUAACCCUUUGCGGGUUUCUAAUUUCUUCUUACAGUAUCAUCCUUAAAUCAAAUGUAAAGGUCUUGAGAAUAAAGUAAAUGAUCAUCAAUUUAAGAAGCUCCUGAUUUUCAAACAAUCUCCCUAUCAUAACCUUAGGAAACAUGAAGAGAAAAGUGUGGACAAAAUGCAUUCCAUAUUAGGGUACGAUUUGAACUGCAGUAUUCUUCCCCGUAGACAUAGAGAAAGUAUCUGGUUGAAAAAAAAAGGAAUACGAAAACAUGAAAUGAUUGAAUAAAAAGAUAAUUGGAGGAAGAAAUUGCCUGAAAUGUGUCUGUGGAUUUUUCAGUGAGGAUGACACAGCUGAUGCUGACCACCUACAGACUCAACUAAAAAACAUCCUGACACAAGUCAAGGUUUGUGAAGUCCGUUCGCUUUCUUUUGUUUUGUUUUUUUUUUGUUUUUUUUCACGGCGUUUUGAUUUGUUUGAUUUUCUUUCGAAAUAUGUCGAUCGUUCUGAAUUGAUCUGUGAUAAGCUUACAAUCUAGCUCCUGUAGUUACUUGAUUGUUUAAAGCCUUUGUUAAACUUUUUCCAUGGGAGUUAAUAUAAGGAAACAAAGGUCGCUUUUCAUAUUUAACAAGCUUUAAACAUAUUUUGUUCACAGAAUCAUGCCAGCUCGUGGCCUUUCCAAAGACCCGUGGAAAUCUCUGAAGCACCCGAUUAUUAUGAUCACAUCAAAUACCCAAUGGGUAAGUACUAAGAUAAUCUAACUACGAUUUACUUUUCUGUUCAUUUUAAAAGAAGAAAAAAUUUACUUCCACACAAUUGUUUUAAUCAUGUUUGGCCGUUCACACGAGUACUCCUAACGCUCCUAAUGAAUGAAACAGUGGUUGAAAACGUCCGCACCGAAACGGUAAAGCAUAAAAAACUAACAAAAAAAAACAAGCAAUUAAAAAGUAUUUUUCUUAAUGAUGUCUCUCAUAGAUAACUGGGAAUAGCUAACGAAACGUGUGUGAAGAUUCUGUGUGUGUAUAUGUGGCACGAUUCUUAAACACUCAUUUAGAGGUGUUCACAUGCGUCUAAUGGAACUCUUCUCCUCCUUCGAUACAGUUAUAACGUCAUUCUGAGUUUGGCUUGUUUUUUUCUGCUUUACAGAUCUUCGCACGAUGACCGAUAGGUUAAAAAGUGGUUAUUUCAGCUCGAAGAAGCUGUUUAUCGCCGACAUGAUGAGAAUUUUCACAAACUGCCGAACCUAUAAUGCUCCGGAGACUGAGUACUACAAGUGCGCAAAUACUGUGGAGAGAUUUUUCCUCAGUAAAGUUAAAGAACUCAGAAAGACGAACUGAGCUCCAAUGUCACAUCAUCUUUCAACCCCAGAGUUGAUUUUCAAGAAGUGAAACUUUUCCUUUGCUAUCAAAACAAUAUCCAGCAAGCAACCACGCCGAAAGAAUGGUUUUGUAUUAAUUCUCUGUACUAAUUUAAAUCAACGCUUACCAACCGCAAGAAGGGAGCAUUGCCAAAUAGAUCGUAGAAGUUGUAGAUUUUUUUCGGAAACACGCUGUCUCUGAAAGAGCAGUACCUCGUUCCCAGGAUCUCUCUUCUUCUUGCUUCAGAGGACGUGAAAUGAUAUGAAAGGAGAAGGUCGACGAGGUUAAACUUGGACACGAAAAAAAUGGAUGAACGAAUGGAACUUAAAAUGAACAGAAAAAAGAAGAAACCUAGAGUUUAACUUCAAAUUUUAUUCACUGUUUUAAAAAUUAACUACAUCGAUUAAUACAGCCGAAUGUACAUUUUCUCAGUAUAAAUAAUAUUAAUUAUAGUAAAUGUGCUUGGAGUGUUUCCGUUUAACCCUUUACACCCU